AUGGCCACGCACGAGACUCACCACAAUGCCGUCCCUCCAACGGACCUGGAGAAGGACGUGCAUACAUCUGGUGCUGACCAUCAUCACAGCGACCUCAAUGGUGCCCAAGUAGGCCACAACACUCAACGAAACGCCGGGCCCUUUACCCGCGUUGCCGACUACCGGAACAUGACUGAAGGAGAUGCGCAGGCAUUCGGUGGCUCUCUCCAGCCCGGACUGUGGAAGCCCUACGAGCACAGAAAGUUCGCCAACCCGGCGCCGCUGGGUCUUUCUGCUUUCGCCCUCACGACCUUCGUCCUUUCUUGCGUCAACCUCCACGCUCGCGGCGUCACUGCGCCCAACAUCGCCGUCCCCCUCGCCUUCGGAUACGGAGGUCUCGUCCAGCUCCUCGCCGGCAUGUGGGAGAUGGCCGUUGGUAACACCUUUGGUGCUACUGCUCUGUCCUCGUACGGAGGUUUCUGGAUCUCCUACGCCAUCCUGCUCACCCCCAACUGGAACAUCAUCGGAGCUGAUGGCCCGUACGCCGCCAACUACUCUGACCACUACUCUGCUGUCGGCUUCUUCCUGACGGGCUGGUUCAUCUUCACGACGCUGCUCUUGCUGUGCACCUUGCGCUCGACCGUCGUCUUCUUCCUGCUCUUCUUCACCCUCGACCUCGCCUUCCUCUUCCUCGCCUGCGAGAACUAUGCCGCCAACAACGGCGCCUUGACUGCCUCGCGCAACCUCCAGAUCUGCGGUGGCACCUUUGGAAUGCUAGCAGCAUUCCUGGCAUGGUAUUGCGCGCUGGCUGGUAUCCAAGAUGACAGCAACUCCUUCUUCCAGGUUCCCGUCUUCCACCUCCCGUGGUCCGACAAGGGCCGCGAGAUCCGCAAGGCCAAGAGCCGCUCGUCCGCCUAA